GUGAGAGGCCCGCGUACAGCAAAAAAAUAAAUAAAUAAAUAAAUAAGCAUUAAAGAUCUCUUCUGCAUCCAGAGAACUUGGGCUUUUACUGGGGGGCUGGGAAGCAAGAAAACUCCGACCACCCACUUCUUGCUUCUAGAGAUAGUCUGGUGGAACCAUGGCUCUAACUGGGUUAAGUCCUCCCAGCCCUGAAGUUGGGGAUAGGCAGCAGAGCUGUCCUUUGGACCAUAGCUCCUUCACUCUUUUUGGAGUUGGAGCCCUGAUCACUAAGUACCAGGUUCUCUUUGAUUUUUCUUUAGGUUUCCAGUCCCUAUCAGUCCUUCCUUCCUAAUGUGUUUUGCCUUCACCUCUUUUCUCCUCCCACUGUGGGGCCUCUCAUGGGGGCUCUCCUGACUUACUCCUUGGGCCACACAUCACCUCCUGGGGCCUCCUGGCCUCCAUUCACUCCCCUUCAAACCAUUUUGUAAACUCUGGUGAUCUUCCAAAAUCAGCUCUGAUUAGCUUCUGCUGCUGCCCAACAGAAGCAAGAAUAAGCUCUUCUGCUUGGUACUCAGUGUGUCCCGUGUGAUCCCAAAUUAUCCUGCUCCUUCAUUUCCUACUGGUCUCCGACAUGUAUGGCAACCUCUGGCCAAAUUACAAAAGGUCUACUCUUUGUUCCCUAAAUCCACACCAAGAUUCCCUGGCUUCUUCCUUUAUUCUUUUUGAUGAUUCCCUGCCUGGAAGGGCUAUUUCUACCUCUGAAACUCUUCAUUAUUCUUAGCUUCUCUCCUGAAAAAAGCUUUUCCUGAGCCUCCUGUUUGAAUGUGAUUUCUUUCUCCCUUGAGACGCUUUAACUAACUGUUCGUCUUGUAAGGCUUACCUUGUCUCGUGUGAUCAUUUGUCUGCUCCCUAUUUUCUCACCAUUAGAUUACCUUGGAGGGCAGGGCUAUGGUUCCUGGCACACAGUUGGUGUUCAUCAAAUAUUUUUGUUCGUUCAACAAAUAUUUACUCCUCCUCCCUGUGUGACCUUGGCCAAACUUCUGAACCCACCCAACUACCUCACAAGUUUGUCAUGAGUCAUAAAUGGAUAAUGAAUAUGAAGUACAUUGGAAAUAAACAUGAAGUGUUACCACGUGUCUUGUAUUGUUAUUUUGUGAUACUUCUGUCUCAUGCUUUCUGUUAUUUUACCUGCGGGGGGGUAAUUCCCUUGUGAAAUGUAGUCUCAAUACGCCAAGUAGGGGAGGCGAAUGUGCCCCCCGGACAGCAGGUGGCGCCAUCUCCGCUUGGCGCGUUCCGGUGGAGAGUUUUGGCCCCGCCGCUACGCCGUAGGUCCGUGGCCUCAAGGGUGCGGCAACAGUGUACGGCCCCCGGAAAGAUGUCGCUGCUGCGCUCACUGCGCUUCUGUUUGGUCCCGCGGCCCGGGAGCUGCCAAGUGGGGCCCCUUCUGCUUCAGUCGCCCCAGCCGUGGCAUACAUUUCACGCUGGGCCCUGGCUGUCCUCCUCGGCUUCCAGCAAGGAGCUCCUCAUGAAGCUGCGGCGGAGAACGGGCUACUCCUUUGUAAACUGCAAGAAGGCUCUGGAGACUUGUGGCGGGGAUCUCAAACAGGCAGAGAGCUGGCUCCACAAACAGGCCCAGAAGGAGGGCUGGAGUAAAGCUGCCAGGCUCCAUGGCAGGAAGACCAAAGAAGGUCUGAUUGGGCUGCUACAGGAAGGAAACACGACUGUGUUAGUAGAGGUGAACUGUGAGACAGAUUUUGUUUCCAGAAAUUUAAAAUUUCAACAGUUGGUCCAGCAAGUAGCCCUGGGAACCCUGUUGCAUUGUCAGAGCCUAAAGGAUCAACUGUCUACAUAUAGUAAAGGCUUCUUGAAUUCCUCUGAGCUCUCUGAACUUCCAGCUGGGCGUGAGAGAGAAGGCUGUCUCAAGGAUCAGCUGGCCUUAGCAAUUGAGUCCCGGCAGUGAAAACACAAUCUGGGGGCAAUCUUACCGAUUUCACCAAUGCUGAACGUUUUCCCCAGACCCACGGUCUGUUCCUUCACUGACCACUUCUGGAACAGCUGCUUGAACAUGGCUGACUCGGCACCGUCACUGACGGUCUCCACGUUGGUACUGCUGGGGUAGCCCUUCAUCUUGAUGAAGUUCUGCGGGUGCCCCCCCCCCCCCCAAAGGACAGGUCAGUCCGGGAGUGCACUGGGCUCUUGACUUGGCUGGUGAUUCAACCCUGUGAAGCCAGUUGGUAGGACUGUUCCCUUCUCAGAGUCAGAGUCAAAUUCUAACUCACUUCUGUCUAGGGACCAAGUCACCUGCCUCAAGGAAAGGACUGAGUAGAACAUUCUGACAUCUCUUCAUUGGCCUGUCAUGGUUAUUACUGAUUUUUUUUUUUUUUGUAAGAUCCUCUAUUCUGUGUUACUUCAGCACUCCUGUACUCUACUGACUUUGUAUCACCUUCAUUUGCCCCUUUUUUGCUUUGUAAGUGCAUCCUGCCUCGUUCAUCUGCAUGGGUCUGCAUAAUGUCAUAAGCUCCUUGAGGACAGGGCCAUUGCCCUUGAUAUGUGACACCUCCUUCAAUAAUAACAGCCACCUUUUACUGAGCAGGUGUGUGCGCCAGGUAUUGUUCUGAGUGCUUUAUAAAUGUUACUUAAUCCUCACAACAACCCCAGGAGAUGGCAUUAAACCUGGAUUUGAAUCCCAGUUUGUCUGACUUUGAAGUUAUGUAU